AGGCCGCGGGGCCCGGGGAGCCGCAAAGAGCGGAGCAAGAGGAGCCGGGACAAUCGGAGAAAGUCCGAGCCGGGAACCGAGAGCCGGGAAUCGGAGGGAAGCGGGGACAGCCGGAGCGAACGGGCCGGGCCGGAGCGAACGGGCCGGGCCGGAGCGAGCCCAGCCGCCUCUUUCCCGCUGGUCCCCGUUGAGCUGCCCCCGCCCCGGCCGCGGCCCCGCCAUGCCCAAUUUCUCCGGCUCCUGGAAAAUUGUCCGUUCGGAAAACUUCGAGGAUCUUCUCAAGGCGCUGGGUGUGAAUGUGAUGUUGCGGAAGAUCGCGGUGGCCGCUGCCUCCAAGCCGGCCGUGGAAAUCAAGCAGGACGGCGAGAACUUCUACAUCAAGACGGCGACCACCGUGCGCACCACCGAGAUCACCUUCCGGGUCGGGGACGAGUUCGAGGAGCAGACGGUCGACGGUCGCCCCUGCAAGAGCCUGGUGCGGUGGGAGACGGAGAACAAGUUGGUGUGCGACCAGCGGCUGCUCAAAGGGGAAGGACCCAAGACGGCCUGGGCCCGGGAACUGACCAAUGACGGCGAACUGAUCCUGACCAUGACCGCGGACGACGUCGUCUGUACCCGCGUCUACGUCCGGGAGUAGGACCUAGACGAGGGGGGCGAGGCGGAGAUCAGGAGGCGGACUCCUGGGACCAGAGGGGCCGACGCCCCCACCCCGUCCCCCAGCAAUCCCCCGCCAGGACCCCCAGGCCCCGGGGGUCCCCUUUUCCGUGCCCUGUGCCCCUCCCCCAGGUUAGGGUCUCCUGUCCCCCGCCACCCCCACCCGGGCUGAAAUAUUUAUUGAAAAUUUUAUUAAAAACGCAGAAACCUAA